AUGGCCCCGAGGAGUGUUACUCGCGUUGCGCGCCCGCCUGAUACCAUGCAUCAGGGUCGAUUGGAGAAUGAGGGGUGUCCGUUGCUCCCGGAUGAGGACCAGGAUCAGUGCAGCAAUGACCAUGGGCAUGGCACGAGCCGGAAGGUUAAGAGCCUUCGCGAUCCUUCGCCAGCAUGGAUAAUCUUACUCUGGGGCAUGUUCGCCAUGAGCGGCGGCACCUUUGUCGUCCCCGAAUUCAACGCCAGCCUAGCCUUAGUCUGCCACCAGCGAUACGCACCCAGCAGUUCCCAACCAAACCCACAAACCGGCCAGCUCACGCUCAUGGAAGAACUCGAACUCUGUCUAGGCGAUAAAAACGCCCAAGCAGACGUCUCCCGCCUAAUAGUCUACUGCCAAUUCACAGCCGGGAUCCUCUCGGCCAUCACAGCCCCGAUUCUAGGCUCAUUGUCCGAUCGAAUCGGUCGGAAACCUAUACUCGCACUCAGCACGACAGGAAUCCUGCUCUACAAUGUGGUCAUGCUUCUCAUCCUGCGGUAUCCCGAUGCGAUCGAUGUACGCUGGAUAUUGGUUGGUUAUGCGAUUGAGGGACUGGGAGGAACGUAUAUCACGGCUAUCGCGGCUUCGCAGGCGUACAUCACGGAUUUAUCGAGUCCACGUGAACGUGCCACACUAUUCAGCUAUAUCCAAGCAUGUACAUCCCUCGCACAAGCGGCAGGUCCGUUAAUUGCCGGGAUCCUAAUCGCAUCGAUCAACUCUUUCGAAGGCGUAUACUGGAUUUCAUUCGCCUGUUACCUCCUCCUAACCAUCCUUUUCAUCUUCGUCCUACCCGAGUCGCGCUGGGCACGAUCUACCGAGAAUCCAGGGAUAAACCUGGAUAACCCAUCCAUGACCGAAAAUCCACUACGACAGGUAUACACCUCCUGCAAAUCCCUUUGGGAGAGUAGUGCGAAUCGCCGCGGGAAUCUGGCUAUUCUGGCCGUUAUCGAACAAUUCGUCUUCGGCGUUAUGACAUGUCUCCCUCCGCUACAGAUGGCCUAUUCAUCAUAUCUCUUCCAUUGGCGACCCACGACGCAAAGCUUUUACAUGGCUCUCGUCAAUACGUGGAGUAUUUUAGUGCUCGUGGUUCUUUUCCCGGUUAUCAUGUCCGUGGUACGGAGACAGAUCCGUCGGAAACGAAAUCGGACGCAUUCAACUGUGUUUAACACCGGUGAAUUAGGCGCUAUUCGGACCAGUUUGUGCCUGCAGAUUUUGGGGUAUGCGGGUGUAGCGUUGACCCGCUCGCCGGAGUGGUUCAUCUUCUGCUCGUUGAUAUUUGCAUGUGGGAAUCCUGUUACGCCGUUGUUGACGUCGAGUUUGACGGCGCAUGUGCCGAGUGAGCACUCGGGUCAUUUAUUGGGGAUGUUGAGCUUUAUGCAUGCGAUUGGGAGGAUAACGAUUCCGACGGCGUUGAAUGCGACGUAUAGCGUUACUAUUGGGGUGUUUCCGCAGGCGUUGUUUGUGGUUUUGGCUGUUUCGGUUGCGGGGCUUCUUUUGUCGAGUUUGUGUGUUAAGUCUUAUGGGUUGGGUUCGUCAAGGUAG